UCUGGGCGUUGCCAAAGAGCCGCCAUGGGUUGCUGUUGCUGCGUGUCAGCCUCUGCGGCAGCGCCACCGCCCGCAUCCACUUAUGUGGGCUGUUGGGUCAGUGAGGGCCUUUCGCUCAACGACAUCGCAACGGGCUAUGGCGUGCACCGUGCGAAGAAGGGCUACGGCCUCAUUCGGGUGGCGAACAGUGCCACGGGUGCGGGCGCGCCGGCGCCGUAUGUGAAGAUGAAGAUUGAUGGGAGCGGCUAUGUGAACUAUGGCCGGAAGGAGGCCAACGGCUUCUGUCGGGUACUGGACCUCUACGCGGGCGCCUGGGACGAGAAGCAGGCGGACUUCGGCUGCUGCGGGGGCCAGUUGCAGGUGACCUACGACGCAUCAGCGGACGCGUUGCUGGUGGAUGGGGUGACCUUGCGCCGAUGCGAAGAGGAUGCCGGAUGAAGACCGAAACAUGAGGAACCUUAAGGUAUCCUGAUGAACCGGCUUGAUGCCAAAAUGUAUGGACCCAUACGCAGGUCCAACAAAUGUUGAUUUGUUACUGUAG